CAAGUCUUGUCCAUGACGCGGCGAAGAAACACGACGCGCCAAUAUGAUCGGAUUGCAUCAAGAGAUUAGAUGUAUUCACAGCUACGAUCGCAAUGACCGACAAACAACCCCACAGAAAGGCACGCGGACAAAACUUCCCGACCCCAACGAAAAGAGCGACCGCAUCGCCAACAGGUUCAACCCGGGUUCAACCCAUUCCAACCGCUCAGGUUGAACCCGAGAUCAGACGGACAGCAACCACACGGCAGAUCCGAAAGAUGACGCGUUCUACACCACCGAACGAGAGCCGGGAGCCAGGACAAAAGGGAGGACGAGCAGAAGACUGAGAUGACCAGAGACGGUUAAGCUUCAACAUGGCACUCCACGGAGCUGGAUCAAUAUCA